AUGUCUGAAUCACAAACAAUUUACUCGGCUCCUACUCAAGAAAACUUGCUGUUCUCUCCCAGCUUGAUCCCUAAAGAAGUCGCUGCUGCUCUUCCUCAAGGCUACGCUCUACGGCCUCUUGCUCGAGACGACGUGUCUCGCGGAGUGCUCGAUACUCUAAGCGCCCUAACAACUGUUGGAGACGUAACUGCAAAGACAUUUGGUGUUUUAUUUGAUCACUGGAAGUCGCGUGGAGAUGUAUAUUAUGCGGUUGCCAUUACAGAUGCUGCAAAUGCGGUUGUGGCUGUGGGAACCGUUCUUGUGGAACGUAAAUUGAUUCAUGGGUGUGGGCUUGUGGGCCACAUUGAAGAUAUUGCUGUGAACAAGUCGCAGCAAGGUAAAAGACUUGGAAUCUCGUUGAUUUCAGCACUCACAGCCAUUGGAAAGGCGGCUGGAGUGUACAAGAUUAUUCUGGAUUGCUCGGAGCACAAUGUGGCCUUUUAUCAAAAGUGUGGGUACUCUGUUGCAGGUGUUGAAAUGUCAAUUCGUUUUGAUAAGCCAGCAUUAUAA